AAUGACGCUGUUAAUGCUGUCUGCUGCAGGCUAUGAAAAAUGUGUUGAAUGUGUAACUAUAAAAGCGUUACAGAAAGGACAAAUAUAGACUAGUAAGGGGUGUAGCCGCGGAGGCGCAUGAGAAUUCGUGCUAGAUCGCAUCCGAGCCCCGGACGCUAAGCGUCACUGAAGCUAUUUGGCUUCUGAUACAGAUCUUGUGCUCCUCGCAAACACGACGCUCCUAAAUGAAAGCAUGAUUUAACCAGAAAAAACUGGAUCGCUCCAAGAUGUCCCCAGCAGCGAUAAUUUUGCCGGCGCUCGCCACGGUCCUCUCCGCUUGGCAGGCGAGCGCCAACGAGGACUGCCUGUGGUACGUGGACAAGAAUGGCACCUGGCACAACGGCUUUGACUGCCCACUCAUCUCCUUCUGCUGCGGGAACUGCCACCAUCGGUACUGCUGCCUGGACAGCUUCAAGAUGAUCAGAGAGAGGGAACAGAAGCGCUGCAUGCUCUUCCAGAUCAGCCCCUCCACCAUAGCGGGCAUCGCCUCGUCUGUCCUGCUGUUCGUGGUCAUCAUCACCACGGCGGUGUGCUGCUUCAUGUGCUCCUGCUGCUACCUGUACCGCUGCCGCCAGGAGCGCCGCCAUGCCACGCCAUAUGAAGCCCAACAGAUCCCAAUGGCCACCCCUGUAAAUCCCAUGUACGAUGCUUACGGGAAACCAAUAGGGCAACCUGAUUACCAGCACCCGGGCUAUCCGACCGCACCACAGAACCCACCCCCGUACCAGCCUGGUAUGGCCCAGCAUUAUCCCAUGCCCCAGGGACCAUACCCACCCUACCCUCCGGCCAACCUUGGAUAUGGUCAAGCAGUACCCCCUCCGUAUGCCCCACCGCAGUACCCAGGCCAGUGAAUGGACACAGGGUCACUGGUGGGGAGAGGAGGCCAGGAGGAAAAAAAGAACUAACUUCAUUCUCUGCACUGGCUUCCUUUGCCAAGUUCACCAAUGAAACCUUGAGCACCUGAUAGUUCAUUUUAUGUUUUUCCCUCAUGGGAGAGCGAAUGACUGGAAUUGUGUUCCUCUUGCCCUGGGCUGGGUCUUUGUCACAAUGGAAUAGGUGAAGACGCCUGAUUGGCUGAACCAUUUCUGUUUUGUUUCAGUGUUGCAGUUCCUCACAGAAGGACAUCCAGUCUCACCAAAACUCCAAUUUCCAUUUACAUGUGGUCUUUUUUUGUGUUACUGCUUUUCAUGCCAGCACCUAGCUGGGUAGUAAUAGAUGUGUUAGUGACGUGUUGUAGAGUGCCGAUGUUGGAAUUGCCUCUCAUGGAUGCUCAAAGUUUGUGGUGUUCAAAAGCAUGGAGUUGAUUCUCAUAGAGGAAACAAGGCAGUGUUAGUGUAAUCUGCAUUUGCACUCCCCGUGUGGAUUCCCAAAAGUGGAAUGGAGCAUCCAUGCCACAUUUAGUGAAGCUGGUGCAGGUUUGGCACAUUUUGUGCUUUGAAGAUGCAAGCCAGAUUUACGCACAAGCAUGCCACAGCUUAGCAGGACAGUCCAGUGGUGUUCUUUUGAAACUCUGACCCAGAAAUUAAAACUCCGAUUUAUCUGACAAAUCCUUUCAAAACCUCUGGCUUGUCCUAAUGUCCCAAUGAAUGUCAAUAAUAAGGAAUAAGACAAAGGAUUGUGUUAAACCAGGAUUAAAUAUUAACCAGAAUAUGACUUUAUUGUCAAAAAUACUAUGCUAUUCAUUUUAAAUGG